AUGAAUGACCCUCAGUAUGCUCCGUCUAGUCGCGGGGUUCCGCAUGUGGAGGCCAGUGCGAACACCGGGUCUGUGGCUUCAAUGUCACGAGCGCCAGGAGUCGCAACCCGCGCCGAACAGGUCCAGGUUCCUCGGUCCCCUCAACCUUUGUCUCUGCAAAUAGAUGGGUUGAAUGCUCGUAUUCAUGACAAGACCAGCGCCUUUCCAUCAUAUGUUGAGUCAUCCGAGCGCGAUAGCGAUACAUCGGCCGAUGCUCGUCGACCGGAGCCACAAUCUGCGAGCACUUUCACAGAUUCUUUGUCAAGUUUUCCUUCCUCCUCCAUACACGAUUCCAGUCAAUCUAUAAAAAUCGAAAAUUCGCAGCCCUCCGAAGACGCACAAACCCCAAAGACAUACUCGGAUUCUCAGGACCAAUCAUCCGUGAAUUGGAAUGGAUCAAUAGACGGUUAUACUUCGGAGAAGAAGAGCAAUGGCUCUUUGUCUCCGCCACAGUCCCCAAGGAGUUCGGGGUCGGGUUCGGCGAAUGGGGUACACUUUGCUCCCGGUCACAAAAGGACAGCAACCGGGGAUGUUAAGUCCAUAUCGAGUCUUGCGCCACAAAAGUUCGAUACCCAGGGGGCUGCUCGGCAGCGUUCAAAGAGCACAGGCUCGCCAGCUCAUGGAAAUAGAAUCGCACAGCUGUCGGUCCACAUCCGUACACGUCUAUCAUAUGCUGCUGCCAAGAUAGAGAAAUCUCGACAGUCGCGUGACAAUAAUACUCAACUUGCGAUUCAAGGACUAGAAAGUCUCGCAUCAGGUAUUCCGGCAAUACCGCCAAUACCAAACGGUGCAGCACGUGGCUUAACCCCAACAUCCCAUCCACAGCCCUCAUCAUCAACACCUACACCUCGCAACUUCUCCCAUCACCGUUCUCAUUCAGCUGUCUCCUCUGGAAAACUUCUUCAAAUUCCAAAACUGGCGCCUCCCGUCGAUAUCAUAUCAUCUGGGGAUACGCGACGUCGCCGACCUAAUCCAAAUACAAGCACAAAGCCAGUCGAGCGCAGCCCAUAUGUCCGUCAUCAUCGACGGCAUCAUUCGGUUCAUGAACCUUCUAUAACCAAAACAUUAGGGUCCCCUCUCGUGCUAGGGUCCGAGACUCCACACAUUCCCCCCUCUGCCCGCAUGCCUCUGUCAGCACAGCACGAGGCCUACAGGUCCCGCACGCAUUCUCAAAGCACGGCCAUGGAACAAGACGCAAUUGAGACACUCAUGUUCAUGUCCAGUCCAGAGAACUCUGGAUACCGCUCCAGCCCACGCCCUUUACAGCCCCCCGCCUCGCAACUCAGUUUAAAUGAGUCGAUCCACUCGCUCUCCAAUGGGAUGGCAAGUGAUCAUCAUAGCCAAAGCUCACUGAGCGACAGGCCCCAUACUGGCCGGCCCUUCGAGCUCAGGCCCUCCGGAUUUGGGCUGGAAUCUCACGCAGGCGAUGAAAUCGAUCGCAUCCUGGAUCAGAUGGAGAGUGAUAGUGAGGAUGAUGAGCGGUAUGCAUCACACCGCCCCAGGGCUCGUGCACAGCCUUCCAGAGGAUCCCAGGGGUACUCUAGGUGA